UCUCAGUGGGCACAGUAGUGUCCGCUGCCCUGUCCCCAGGUUCCCAAAGCCGGAAGGCCACCUGCCAUGCUGCCCGGCUGGGGCGAGUCUGGUUUCACCCAGUCCUUCUCCUAGGGCUGCCUGGACUCCAUUCGCAGUAGCAAGGCAGCAGGAGAGCUAGACCAGGGUCCUGGCUGCCUCGUGAGGAUCAGAGUACCUCCGCUUCUGCCCUGCCUAGGGCGGUGAAUGGGAGUUCCUUCCCCCGCAGCCCCCUGCCAGCUGCCCCCCCUUCCUGCCCCACAGCGCAGUGUGAGCACGGGAGCCGCAGCCCCACCCAGCCGGACCCCAACGCGCCCAGAGCCCAGUCUUGAGAACAUCGUCACCCCUGCCGCCAGCCACUGCUGAGCCAUGGCUGAAGGGGAAAUCACAACCUUCACAGCUCUGACGGAGAGGUUUAACCUGCCUCACGGGAACUACAAGAAACCCAAACUCCUCUACUGCAGCAACGGAGGCCACUUCCUGAGGAUCCUCCCAGAUGGCACAGUGGACGGGACAAGGGACAGGAGCGACCAGCACAUUCAGCUGCAACUGAGUGCGGAAAGCGUGGGGGAGGUCUAUAUAAAGAGCACCGAGACUGGCCAGUACUUGGCCAUGGAUGCCGACGGGCUUUUAUACGGCUCACAGACACCUGAUGAAGAAUGCUUGUUCCUGGAGAGGCUGGAAGAAAAUCAUUAUAACACCUACAUAGCCAAGAAACAUGCUGAAAAGAAUUGGUUUGUCGGCCUCAAAAAGAAUGGAAGCUGCAAGCGUGGUCCUCGGACUCACUAUGGCCAGAAAGCAAUCCUGUUCCUCCCCUUGCCUGUCUCCUCUGAUUAGAGAUCUCUGCCCUGGGUGCUAGGCACUCCAGAGGAGCCUGGAGGGGUCCUCAACUCAUUGACCCCCCCCCCCACAAAUGUUCUCUUAACCUUGGCUGUGCUAACUCCCAGCCCACAGAGCCUGAAUUCGUAAGCAGUGCGCUUCUAAGUAUCCAGCCCACUUUUCCCGCAGAGCUCUUUACCCUGGCACAGUUUGGAACGGAGGACCACAUAGCUUCAAGGGGUCAAGUGGCUGGCCAGUCUGGGUGUGGGUGAGGAUGCCAGGUGCAUCCAGCACCUGCUACAGGCUGAGCCUCUGAAUGAAAGGCAGGGCCAGAUGAAGUAUGUUCAGGGGUCUGCCAUACCACCCCCCCUACUGAGUAAACCUUGGCUGACAGCCCCAAAACAUUUGGCAUGACCGCCUUUUCCCUAUCAGUAUCCUCUGAAAUACUAGCAGAGACACUGAUAAUGAAGUUAGAGGGGGCAGGAUUUUUAUGAGAGAAACAGGAACUGAGAAGUCCCUCCUCCCGCAUGGGAGGGAUGUCCAAUGGGAAGGGAAUUACAUUUUGAUGGAUGACUUAGAAGGGUGGCUUUCAGGGCAGCCUCAGUGAAGGAAUGGGGGAAGGCUACAGGGAAGCAGAAAGAACCUCCAGCCUGGGAGUCCCUGCCAAGCUUACCCAUCAGCAGAAAGCCGGAUAAGGCCAGAGCCCUGCACAGGGCUCUUGAUAAAAGUGACAUCAGAUGUUGAGAAAUUCCUUUGGGUCUGGGGAAUGGGGGUGGGAGUGAAAAGAAAGAAAAGGUACCAAUGGCAGGGGAGAUGCUGUCCCCUCUCUGGGAUGAUGUAAGAAGCAAGGAACAACCCAAGAGCCACGAACAAUCAGGGGCUUUGGAACCCUAACAUAGAGCCUCCCCACCCCAAACUUUAAUAUUAAUACAGAAUAUGCAGGGAUGCAGGGAUCUGGUUUGAAUACGGAACGUGACUUGGUGAGGCUAGGGUAGAGUGUCUACAUUUCCAACAGGUUUGCUGGUCCUGUAGAUACUGCCUUCCCACCAUCCCCAUCUAGCUUUAGGAUAGCUUCUAAAGAAUGAUGUUCAGAGGCAGGCGGCCCAAAUCCUGACCCUCACCUGCCUCAGUCUCCCCAUAAACACACAUCCAGGCAGUCCCCUAAACAUCCAAGUAACAUCCAUGCUAGUUAACGCUUCUAUUAAUAAGGAACAUGUUUUAAGGUGCUUUGGUCCAAUGCUUCUAAAAUGCCCACUUAGAAAAUAGACAAAAAAAAAAAAAACCUUCAAAGACGUUAAGUAGCUUUUCCCAAGACCAUUUCUAUUACCAUUACUCGUAUAAGUAGGCUUCCUUCUCAAUGUAAACUUGAUCUAAGUGGCUAGCAAAUGUCAUGUAAAGACUUUUAAUAGCAUUUAAGCUUAUGUUUGCUUGAAGGCAUUAAACUGAUUAGCAUUCAGCCACCAAGAAUGAUGAUAGUAAGAUAUGAUGGACAAGCUCCUUAGCUAUCUUGUAUACUCUCUUUCAUGGUACUGUUCCGUAUCUUCUUUUGGCAUGGAGACUUCUUACGUGUGAUACAAUAAGUAUGGAUAAAAACUGAGAAGUGUUAGCUCAUAUUUGGAAUUGAAGUAUUCCCUUAAAAUUGCAUUGCCCUAUUUAGGAUGGAAGGCAAAGAACAAUUUGGAAGUUCAAAGUGAUUGGGCAGCUGAGGAAUUGAGCUAAGUUGACAUUACAUUACAUUCAACAGUAUUCUGCUUGCAAAACGAUAUCAUAAUUUUUCUUGUUUUUACAACAUGAAUAGGACAAUUCUAUUUUAUUUUAGUAAGUCUUUGCGGGCAAGCUGGGUAUCGCAAUGCACUGUGGCUUAACAGAUCUGCAGUGUGAAGAUUUGGCCAGUAAAAGGUAUCCAGAGAGAAAAUGAAGCUAUUUAUAAGGGUCCAUAAUUUUUAGUGUAUGAAUCAAAUUCAAGUAUGACAUUGUCCAAGAAAAAUGAAAUACCAUUGCUAACAGGUGAGACAGAGUCUGUGAUUUCAGAGACCCAAAGCAUUGUCUUAGACUGGGCCAGCCCAGUCACCAUCUGUGGAUUUUCUCAAUGGAUAUUACAUGCCCACUCUGUGUCCAGCAUUGUUCUGGGGCUUGGGGCUCUGGAGACCGUCCCUGUCUGUCUGGUUUGCUGCUGUAUCCCCUCCCAGGGCAUUAUAUUUGUGAUGAAAGAGGCUGUACAGUCAUUUCUUUCAGUCAGCUCAAAAUAUAGACCUUGUAUCUUACUGCUGAAUAGACCACAAGUCUCAGAA